AUGUCUUCAAGCGAUAAUGAGCCGCCUUCUCGCGAAGCUUCAACCAGUCCGCAACUCGCGCAACUAGCACAGUUGACCGAUGAAGCAACUUUCCCCAUUCUUUCUUAUCUCACUGAAGUUCAUAACUCUGCUCCUUCAUCCUGUGCCUCGUCCUGCACAGCCAGCCCAGAGCUAGGAACCAUCGCUGAAGGAUCAUCACAACCUCCUCCUCCUCCUUGCUCGCUAGCCAGUACUUCCACAAUCAAAAGCUCCCUGCGGCUUGACUCGCUGCCACCCGAUGUGUAUAGCUCACUCUCAACCUUCAUGACUCCAGAUGACUGCAAAAACCUUGGCCAGGUAAACCAAGUCUUGCGCUCCUUUUUCCUACCGCGUUCAUGGUUUUCUGUUAUUAUCCACCUUCCGGAGUACUACAGUUUUGGUGAAGACUCUAUUCAUCCUUUUUCGCUUGAACCCGUAUCCGCCACAGCAUCGGCAACCCCUUCCUCCAUAUCAAGACCUCAACCAACAUCAAAUAAAGCCCCAAGCAUUUCAUCCAGUCGCACAAGCAGUCGGUCGGAUGAACACGAUCACGACGCCCUGCUAGACGAAAUGCAGUUUUCCUCCCGCCAAAAAAUGUGGCAAUCUGGUCGGCUUGCGCCUGUAUCUGUUCUUUACCAGCCACAUUAUUAUAAGUGGUUUAUAAACUCAGUUGUCACGCGCCUUCUAAUCAUCCCUAACAAGCACGGCUGCCCGCGCCGCGGACUCAAAACUUGGAUGACUUUUAUGAGAGACCGCUUCCCGACACUAAAACAUAUCCAGUUUGGCGACAUGACAGUUGACUCUGCCUUUUCAAAGUUUGUCUCAACCCCGCUUUUUCUUUCACUUGUUGCUGUGCCGCUUACUCAGUGCUGCUAUAAGUUCACUUUGAAAAUGGAUAAGUGGGCAGCUCCAUAUUUCUUUGUGUAUCUGAAAACAGUUACACAUCUCCGCAUUACAUGCAAGUCAGAAGACGUUGACCAGGCGCGUUCUAUGAAAGGUCUUGACGGCUUUAUCAAUCUUCCUAGAUUAGAGUAUCUCGAUCUUAGUGAAUCAGUAAUCUAUUCCUCAGUUUUUCUCGGCGCCAUUGAGAAAUUUAAAAACCUCGAGACUCUGGCCUGCAACGUCCAAUACACAAUUAAGGAUGAUAAGGUGCUUUUUGACUCUGCAGUCAAUUUUUUGCUAACAAUUCCAGAACAUAUCACACGCUGCAAAGUCAAGUUUGAACGCGUAGCCUCCUUAUCUCCCGAAUACUCGACUAGCAAACCAAUGUCAUUGCCAAGAGUUACCGUCAUUGAAAUUGAAUCGCCUUUGGGUGCAGAUCUUAUUCCUGGCGUGCUAGAUUUUCCUAGUAUUAGGAAGUGCGCUGUAGUUCCCAGCAAAGAGGAAUCUAGUGCUCUAGUGGCUACACCUUCUUCUGUCCCUAUUUUGCACUCAUUAUCAUCGACAUUGGAGUAUCUGGAACUCUCAUUUCUUGGUAAAUAUAUUUUAAAUUGCGUCGAAGCAAUUCCUCAAAUGAAGAAGCUACGCAAAAUCACUUUGCGUGUAUCCGGCAUGCCACCAAAGCCUAAAUCCAGCAAAUUGGACAAAUGGCUGUCUAGUGUGACCAAAGCCAUUGGGGCUGGCGAAGAAAUGACUACCGAGCAAAUCGCAUCUCUUGUAGAAAAUAUUGACACUCCGGAAGCUUCUCUUUUUAUUCAACUGCUGAAAAGCCCAGAAAAAGCUCCCUCUAAAGGUUACGAUGAUGAUUACUUUACUGCACUGACAUCAUAUGAAAACUUGCUGGCGAGUUUUCUAGAUUUGCCCACUCUCGAGUAUUUCUAUCUGCGCAUAUAUGGGCUUUUUUACUCGUCUCCAAAAUUGCAGAAGCUUCUGGUUGGUGAAAAUUCCUGUGUCAAGCAGGUGCUAGUCAAAUGCGAAAGUUCUCGCACUAUUAAAACAAAAAUGUUAUUGGUGUCUCUGGGUAAAAGAUAUGAAAAACCGCACCGCUUUAAAAAGUUUGAAGGGGGUGGUAUUGAUGUUAGAGAGCUUGAUAUCGAGCGUGAAUCAUUUAAAGGGUGGUACCCGUCAAUGUCAUGA